AUGUUAUUGCAGGAUCAUGCUAAAGCAAGUCCCUAUCAAGAUGCUGAAACUACUUUGCAACCGUUGCUAGCAGUUGACUGCGCCUCACUGUGCCUUGGUCCUGGCACUCUGAGACUUGAGCAUUUGCACCGCUGUACAGGGCCUGGUGUUUCCGAUUGCUCAGAAAAGGAUGGCCAGGCAGAUGUGGAAAGGCUCAGGGAAACCAUCCACAAUUUGAAGACAGAACAGCACAAGAGUGUGCGUUCUGUCGAAGUGGAGCUUCGUGAUGGUCAGGACAGGAUAGACGAGCUCGAGAAACGGGUAGCUCAUGCAGCGCAAGAGAAGAGUGACCUCGAACGUUUGGUGCAGGAGGCGGUGUCUCGUGGGAUGACGGCAGAGAAUCAGGCAGAUGUUGCUCGGAAGGAGAUUUGCAAGCUGGAGGCAUGUCACAUGAAUGAGGCCAGUGAGCCAGUUUCGAGCCUUCAAACGCGCUAUGACCGGCAGGUCAGUGAUUUGCAACGACGCAUUGACGAGUUGGAGAGUGAAAAGGCUCAACAACCCGAGGGAACUUCCAAGACUCCGGAAGAGGAUGCUGCACAAGAGCCUGAGAAGGAUGUCGAGGAAACCCCAGAGAAACCGGAAGCCAUUUCCGGUUUGGAUGCUGGGAGCUUCGAUGCUGUGGAGGACGUAGGGGAGCUGCAUGCUCGUAUUCAUGUCCUGGAGAACCAGUGCAGCACACUACAGAAAAAGCUCAACGCUCGGCCCAUUGUCUACCAGACACCUGGCAGUGGCCGACGACGGGCUGCUUCAUUGGCUCGUUCCACAUCCUUGAUGGGCGUUGUGCGAGAGAUCGUGGAGCAGCUCCUGCGCAAUUUUACGGAAGAAUUGCUCAAGCGCGACGCUUUUCUUUGGGUGUUCUAUGGCCACCUUUGCAUUCUUUACGUAAUCGCUGCAAGUUGCUACGCGCAAACCGGGGUCACCUCUACGACAGUGGACGUUGACCUACACUCAAAGCAAGCGCUACGUGGAAUUUCCCCAGGUCGUGGGGAAAUGAACUGGCAGGUGGCGAUAGCUCUUUGGCUUGAUGUCGGUUCACAUGUGAAAGAUCAACUUCACGAUUCUGUUUCGCGUGUCUUUGGCACAAGCGCUGCUUUCGCCGCCGUGAAGAAAGAUGGCAAUGCAGUGAAAGAUCGGCUUCAUGACGUGCAGGAUAUUUAUGCAAGCCAUGCAGCAUUCGCAGCCAUUCGAAAAGAUGGCUCGGUUGUUACCUGGGGAAGCCCAGUGUAUGGAGGAAACAGCAGCUGUGUUCAAGAUGAACUUUCCUCAGGCGUCGUACGGAUUUAUGCUGCGGAGUGUGCCUUUGCGGCUGUGAAGUGCGACGGUGUUGAGAGCCUCCUCUGCCUGUUGUACACCAAGAUGAGGGGCCUGGUGCUGGGUUGCCAUCUCCUGGUUUUAGCCAUGGACUCCUGGCUGAAAGCUGCCCGGGAGCAAGCUGCAAAGAUCGGAGAGGACAUCCAGAAGCAAGCGAUUCUGCUGGCAGAGGAUGCUGGAAAAGACGGCAAACGUGAGUUCUUUUUCGGAGAAGGUCCCUUGGGCUUUGAGCUCGAUGGUGUAUAUGUUGCUGUCGUUGAUCCCGAUGGCCAAGCAGAGCAGCUUGGAGUACAGACAGGAGACAAGCUAGUUUCCAUUGCAGGCUACGUCAUUCCAGAGAACCCCAAAGAGGAAUCUGUCAAAAGAUGGCUUGACGAAAUGAUUCGACCUGGAACAUUGAUGUUUUUCUCUGAAGCACCGAAACCUGGUGCCCCAAUUUCAACAACUGCAGUGGUAUUUCCAAAAGAGUCCGACACUGCAGAAUCCGGUUUGGUGGGCUUUGACGAAGAAAGUUGGAAGGACGAUCUUGCUUCGCCAACUGAUCUGCAGGAGGACGCAACAGCUACCCCUGCCGUUCCGGAGCUUCCAGAAUCGAUGAUGGGGGAGGCAAGGCUCCGCGCGGAACUUUAUGCUGCUCGUGAUGAGGUACGCUCACUUCAGAGAGAGCUUGAGGACUGCAAAGCUGAAUGUCAAGGGCUUCGGCAAUUCCAAGCUGAGAAGGCCGCUGGCAGCGUGACUGAAGCCAUGUCGGAGCAGCGCCUGCAGCGGCUCAAUGAACAGCUUACCGCAGCACGAAAAGAGGCAGAGGUGGCCCGUGGACGAUGCCGUCAGCUUCAGGCACAGCUGGACAAAAUGUCCAGCCAGUGCGAUGAGCUUCGCAAAGAGUCCGCACAGAAUGAGGACCGUGCAAGGGAAGCAAUGGAAGGCAGAGAAAAGGUUCUGGUUGAAGAGGUGGAAAGGCUCAGGGAGACCAUCCACAACUUGAAGACAGAGCAUUUCGAUAGCUUGCGUUCCGUUGAAGUGGAGGUCCGCAAUGGUCAGGACAAAAUUGAGGAGAUGGAAAAGCGACUUGCACAAGCAGGCAAAGAUAAGAGUGAGGUCGAACGUUUGGUGCAGGAGUCCGUUACUCGUGAGAUGACCGCAGAGAAACAGGCAGACAUUGCCCGGAAGGAGCUGUGCAAGCUGGAGGCAUGCCACAUGAGCGAGGUUUCAAGCUUACAAGCACGCUACGACCGGCAGGUUGGCGAUCUGCAGCGGCGCAUUGAAGAGUUGGAGACUGAAAAGGCAAGCACCGCAGAAGCCGCAAAAGUUGAAGCAUCUGAAGAACGGGAGAAGGAUGGUGAGGAGGCCCCGGCUGAGCCCAGCCCAGUUGCUGGUGGGAGCUUCGACACUGUCGAGGAUGUCGGGGAGCUACACUCGCGUAUUCACGUCCUGGAAAAUCAGUGCAUCAGACUGCAGAAGAAGCUGACGGCACGGCCAGUGGUCUACCAGACCCCUGGCGCCAACCGACGACGGGCCGCCAACCUGGCCCGCACCACUGGGAUGGUGGGCGUCGUGCGAGACAUCGUGGUGCCUGGGUUGCUGCCAUGGCAAACAGGGAAAAAAUUGAAGAUGACCAUGUGA